AUGUGUCAAUAUGAAAUGAAUUAUUAUAAUGAAAGUCAAAUAUCUUUAUAUGAUAUUAUUUAUGAUUAUUAUAAUAGGUAUCUAUCUAAUUCAACUUUUUUGACAUGCUAUAUUCAUUUACAAUGUAUUCGUGGCCCUUCUCCAUUAUGUAUAAAUUGGAGAGAAAUUUGUGAUGGGAAGGUAAAUUGUAUCGAUGGUAAAUUUGAUGAAGAACAUUGUUGGCAACUUGAAAUCAAUGAAUGUAAUGAUAAUGAACAUCGAUGUACUAACGGACAAUGUAUACCAAAGUCGUUUUUUCGAGAUAAUCGUGACAUUCCUGAUUGUAUUGAUACGUCGGAUGAAUAUGGAAUCGAAGGUUCACGUCCUAGCGAAUGUUAUGGAGGUGAACCUUCAUUUAAAUGUGAAGAUAUAGGAUAUACAUUUUACACGUUGUUAAAGUAUUUCAAAAGAGCGAACUCGAAACUGCACAUUGAAGCUUUAUAUUCGGCCAAAGUUGAUUCGAUGUCUGGACAAUGUUGGUCAGCUUUUAAAUCACUUGUUGAUCUAGAAUUGUUCA